AUGACACAGACCGCGUCGGAUGCUCUCGAGAGUCAGCCAACAGCCUUGGACUCCACAACAUCAGCAGUCGAUAUCCUCAACGAACCAAGAACUCCUACACAGCUAUCGGAUCUGCCAGAGGCGCUGGUUAAUUUUGAAGCUACCAAGACAAAUGGCGAGAAUACACAGAGCCUGGAGAACGAGGGCCCUCCGACCAAAAAGCGACGAGUCAGCGAGACCGCGACGGUUCCGCGUCGAAAACCAGAGUCACCACCUUGGAAGAAGAUAAUCGCAGAGGGACCUUCGACAUUUACGCAGGAUGGAAUUAGAAAAUCUGGGAGGACAAAUCAUAUACCUCUGGAACUGCAACCACCUUCAGACAAGCGUCAGACCAGGGGCCAUGCCCAAAAAACGACAUCAUCGCGAAAAUAUGGGAGCUUGAAUGGGUCACACCAAGCGCGAGAUGGAGCUGCCAUUUCUGCGAAUGGCACGAGGAAAUCAAGUGCGUUAAACUCUGCCGGUGGUCAACAGCAAGCAAACCAUUCCAAUCAAAAGGUUGCCUCAUCUCCCAAAAGACUUCAUCGAAAGUCUAUGGCCAGCGAACCUAGGCACACUCCCGCGCGCCAGGAAAGACAAUCUCCUCCCCCCAAAGCGCCCCAGACUACCCUUAGUCGACCGCCAGUUGAUAAGGGUCGGCGCUCGCUACGCGGAGGAGACAUAAAAACAAACGUAGAAGUUCUGAGCUCCCCUACCAAGCAAGACGAAUAUUUAGGAGAGAGUCCCAAAACUAAGUUAUCACGAAUCAAACUUCGAGUGAAACCGACAUCUUUACCGUUAGUACAUCCUGGAUUGGUACUUAAAAGACCACGGCAAUACCCUACUUUGGAAGAAUUCUUCACCGGCGCACGACACGUGCCCGUGGAGGCGGGAGGUUUGUACAAUGUAGAGGAUGGAUCGGAGUAUACCCCCGAGUCAGUCCUCAAGGAUGCCAGCCUUAUUAUACGACUGGAAGAUGCAGCAGAGCCGGGAGGUUUGUUGAGUGAAGGUGUAUGCCAAGCUUACGAGCCACCAGAGGCCGAAUCUGUUCCAGAACAAUACGCGCAUCGAGAUCACCUAAACAGAGCCGCAGUUGAGUUCAGGAGGUUGAUGAAGAUCGAGCAAAGAAAGCAUAAAGCCACGGCCAAGCGACUUGCAGAAGCCUGCAGAGAUGAGUGGAUAAGAAAGCAGCCGAAAACAAGCGAGCAGCUGGAAGCCGAAGAGAUAAAGGCUGGCGAAAACCGCUACAAACACUUGGUCAGGAUACUUCAGGCAACAUGGGGUAAUGCUCGAGCAGAGGUUAAUCGGCGGCGGUUGGUAGAAUGGCAGGCUCAGGAGCAAGAGCGAGUCCGAAAGGCCCUCAAUGAAGCUGUUGAUAAAUCCACCUUAAAGUUACAGGCACAAGGAGCAUUCAGGGACUCCGAAAUGACAUCAGAAGACGAACACACUGGCUCAUCGGAUGGGGAGGAUGAAGAGAGGCUAGAUUCUGAAAUCGAUGAUGGGGAAAGUAAUAUGUCUUCUGAGGAGUCCGAAGCAGAAGAACAACCAGCCCCAGAUGCAGUGGAAGAUGAACAGCUUACACAGGAGCAGCUUCGGGAGAAGUACUCAAGUUUAAAACCCCUGCCAGAUGCCACCGAGGAUAUUGAAAUGCCCGAUGCUGCAGCGGAAGAGGCGCCACUUGAUGCAGAGUCAGAAGCAGGCCCUAUUCUGGAUGAUAGUGACGAGUCAAUUGAUAUGGACGAUGACUUAGGCUCAAGCGAUGAUCAAGACGGUAGUGACGAGGAAGACAACGACGAAGAGGAAGAUGGUGACGCUAGCGAUGAUGCGGGUGACGCCAGUCUUUUGGGCUUUCUUGCCCCAUCUGAUAUUAAGGCCUUGGAAGUCGAUGUUGAGGAAGUAGUUGAGUCGACGUCUGCAGAUGAAACCGCUGCCGCCCAAGGAAUGGAAGAGGAUAUGGCAGCUAGUGGAGUAGCAAAACCAGAGGAGAUAGAACAUCAAGAUCAUGACAGAAGAGUUGUCGAGCCGUCUGCAGAUGUCACCAUACCGGAAACUUCAUCACAAAAAGUAGCUCACGACUUGGCAGUCGGAAGUCCCGAUCGCAGUAGUCAGCCCACCCCAAACACAGCGGAAACUCGUCAAUCGGAACUUGAUUCGGCAUCAUCUGUUGAACUUCAUGAAAAUAGCCGCCAAGCUACAGAAAGUGGUACACCACAGCCGACGAACAACCUGAAAACGCCCAUUCCUUUCCUUCUGCGUGGCACGCUCAGAGAGUAUCAGCAUUACAGUUUAGACUGGCUUGCUGGUUUGUACGCCAAUCAUACCAACGGAAUCUUAGCAGACGAGAUGGGUCUUGGAAAAACAAUACAAACUAUAUCUCUGCUGGCCCACCUGGCCUGUGAGCAUGAAGUCUGGGGACCCCACCUAGUUAUUGUGCCCACGAGUGUCAUUCUCAAUUGGGAAAUGGAGUUCAAGAAAUGGCUCCCGGGGUUCAAAGUACUUACAUACUACGGGUCGCAGGAAGAACGAAAGAGGAAACGUAUUGGAUGGAAAGCUGAAGAUGCGUGGAACGUUUGCAUCACAUCUUAUCAGAUAAUUCUUCGCGACCAAGCGAUUUUUAAGCGACGGCCAUGGCAUUACAUGAUUCUUGAUGAAGCUCACAACAUCAAGAACUUUCAAUCACAACGGUGGCAGGCAAUGCUGACUUUCAAUACUCGAGCACGACUACUACUCACCGGAACCCCUUUGCAGAAUAAUCUUACUGAACUCUGGUCUCUGCUCUAUUUUCUGAUGCCAUCCGACGGCACAGAGCAGGGUGUAGGAGGUUUCGCAAAUCUUAAGGAAUUUCAAGAUUGGUUUAAAAAGCCAUCUGAACAAAUCCUGGAGCAUGGCCGUGAGCAGAUGGAUGACGAAUCUCGGGCCAUCAUCGCCAAACUCCACAAAGUUCUCCGGCCAUAUCUCCUACGGCGAUUGAAGGCAGAUGUUGAGAAGCAAAUGCCCCUCAAGUACGAGCACGUCGAGUACUGUCGGCUGUCGAAGAGACAAAGAGAACUAUACGACAGCUUUCUUAGCCGCGAGGACACGCGAGGAACUCUGGCAUCUGGUAAUUACCUCUCCAUAAUCAACUGUCUCAUGCAACUACGGAAGGUCUGCAAUCAUCCCGACCUGUUCCUUGACCGUCCAAUUAUGACCUCAUUCCCCAUGCAAAAGUCAGCUAUUGCAGAUUUCGAAAUCAAGGAAUUGCUUGUUCGCAGACGUCUCUUAAAAGAGGACCCCAUGUCUGAGGUCAGCUUGGAAUUCCUCAAUCUUGUUCCCACGAAACACGAACGGUUUUCUGGCGCUAUCACCACCAGGAGUGCUACGCUUAGUGCACAAAAGCACUUGGUAGAUCUGCGUGAAGCUCAACGACGUAGGGCGUCGAACGCAUUCACUCAACUCAACACCUCUACAGCGAAAUCGAACUUGGUUUAUCUGGAGAGUGCUUCAAGGUGGGGCAGAUUCGAGGAACUUCAACAUUGCGUGUACCUAAGUGCUUUACGACGACAGCAGAAGCCAAUCUACGGGAAGCAACUACUGGAUUUCUUCCAUCUGGGCAUUGAUCAAAGGCCGUUCAAGCCACAACCGAAAAGGCAAAGCCAGUGGCAAGCCUCAAAUUGGUUAUUCAAUAACUCAGCAAUAAUUAACGAUAUGGUACCCUCUCUGGCUGUACGAUCUGAGCGGCUUGAUACCACGAUCCGCAAGUUUGCUUGUGUGACACCACCAGUAGUUGCAAGGGACAUGUCGAGUAUAGCUCUUACACCCAAAGGCGCUGAUGCAAUACAGUCCUCCGUCGACCCGUCCUCUAAGGAUCCAUUUCACGAAGCCAGAAUGCGUUUAUCAAUUCAGUUCCCGGAUAAACGCUUGUUGCAAUACGAUUGUGGAAAACUUCAAGUUCUAGAUAAACUUCUCCGAAAAUUGCAGUCUGGUGGCCAUCGUGUGCUAAUUUUCACUCAAAUGACGAAAGUUCUCGACAUCCUAGAGCAGUUCUUGAACAUCCACGGUCACAAAUACUUGCGUCUUGACGGUAAUACGAAGGUUGAACAACGCCAAGUUCUGACGGAUCGUUUCAACAAUGACACGCGCAUCUUAGCAUUCAUAUUGUCCAGUCGCUCUGGUGGUUUAGGUAUCAAUCUCACUGGUGCUGACACUGUCAUAUUUUACGAUUUAGAUUGGAACCCUGCCAUGGACAAGCAAUGUCAAGAUCGUUGCCAUCGUAUUGGACAGACUCGAGAUGUGCAUAUCUAUCGCCUUGUCUCCGAGCAUACUAUCGAAGCCAAUAUCUUACGCAAAGCCAAUCAGAAACGCAUGUUGGAUGACGUUGUCAUCCAAGAGGGAGAGUUCACCACCGAUUACUUCAAGAAAUCUACGAAUCAGGAAGUUACUGAAGAGGAGCCUUCCUUGCCGCUCGAUGAUGACGCUGCUGCUGCCAGUGCUGCCAUGGACAGAGUUCUCGGAGGACCUGACAACAGCAAGAACGUUCAACGAGUUCUUGCUCAAGCUGAAGAUCGCGAAGAUGUAGCGGCAGCCCGAGUGGCUGAACAAGAGAUUAAUGAGACAGAUGCUGCAGACUUUGACGAGAAUGCGGCUACGGCUACGGCUACAGCAACCCCUGCGGCAGCUGGGACACCUCGAGAUGCUGUGGAUACUCCAGUAAAUGCAGAUACUCCUGCCGGCGAGGAGGAGACAGUGGAUUUAGACGAAGACGAAUUGAAUGCUUGGGGCGACCGCGUUCAGUCGACUGACGACUUCAUGCUCAAGUUCAUGAGCGAUGAGCUAAAGGACGCUCCAAUUGAGCUUCCCAAAGACAAGAGUAAAAAGGGAAGAGACAGGAGUCACAGGAGUCACAGGGCGAGGUAA